AUGCAGUACGGGGUAGUCAGGAAAAAUUACGAAAAAGGACAUUUUGGAAUCUUGAAAACUGAAGAACCGAUUAAUAGGGAAUAUUUCAUUGAAAAUCUUACUGAAAAAAUAAAAAAAGUCAUAAGUAAUUGUAUUGAAUGCAUUUUCAUGUCGCACAAAAGGGGUAAAAAAGAAGGAUUCCUACACCCGAUAGACAAAGUUAAUGUCCCACUAUCGACAUACCAUGUGGAUCAUCUAGGACCAAUGACUUCGACUCACAAGAGUUACAUAUACAUCCUUACCGUCGUGGAUGCUUAUACGAAAUUUACAUGGAUUUACCCUGUUAAGACUUAA